AUGGAGUUCGACGCGCGGCUGCUGCGGCCCGCGGGCGGCUUCGGGCGCCGCGCCCGGCUCCUGGCGGCCGCCACCUGGGCCCCUAACGCGGCGCUGGCGCUGGGCUUCUUCGCGGGGCUGCUGCUGGCGGCGCCGCCCGCCCACCGCUGCCGCCCGGACCCCGCGCUGCUGCCGCCCGCGCUGCGCAACCUGUCGGGCCGGGCGCUGCUCAACGCCUCGGUGCCGCGGGGCGCCGCGGGCUGGAGCCGCUGCCUCCUGUACCGGUACCUGCCCGGCGCCGCGGGGCCCAACCGCACCGGGCCCUGCACCCGCGGCUGGGACUACGAGCUGCCCGCGGCCGGGCUGCGCUCCAGCCUCGUCACCCAGUGGGACCUGGUGUGCUCGGAUCGCUGGAAGGUGCCACUCGAACAGACCACCUACCUGCUGGGCUGGCUCAGCGGCUGCAUUGCGCUCGGCUUGGCCUGCGACAGGUUUGGCCGGCGUGCCACCUUCGUGUUCUCCCUGGUGCUGGCGGUUCCCCUGGGCAUCGGUGUGGCGCUGGCGCUGAAUUACAUGAUGCUGCUGUCGCUGCGGCUCCUCCUUGGUGCUGCGCUGGCUGGCACCUUCCUCUCCCUCUACGUCGCACGGCUGGAGCUGUGCGACCCUCCCCACCGGCUGAUGGUCGUCAUGGUUGCGGGGUUCUUCUGGGUUGCCGGGGAGCUGCUGCUGCCGGGCUUGGCGGUGCUGUGUCGGCAGUGGCGGCUGCUGCAGGGUGCCGUGACGCUGACGCUGGCUCUGCUGGCCACCUGCUGGGGCUGCCCGUCGCUGUUCCCAGAGUCGCCCCGCUGGCUGCUGGCCACGCGGCAGCUGGAGAAGGGCAGGAAGGGUCUGCGGGCCCUUGCUGAGGGCAACGGCGUGAGCCUGGAGGACGAAUUCUACAGCCAGGAGCACCUGUUAGCAGAGCUGGAGUCUGACGGGGUCCCGCUGCCACGCUACCACACCCUCUGCGAGGUCUUCAGCACCCGAGUCAUCUGGAAAAACAGCCUCAUCCUCGGCUUCACGGCGUUCAUCGGCAGCGGGAUCCGGCACUGCUUCACCCGCAACCUGGCUCCCUACUUCCCCCGGUUCUACUUCUCCUACUUCCUGCUGGCGGGGCUGGAGGCCGCGGCCUGCCUCUUCCUGUGCGUCACCGUCAACCGCUUCGGGCGCCGCCCCAUCCUGCUGCUCUGCACCAUCCUGACCGGCAUCGCCUCGCUGCUGCUGCUGGCCCUGACGCAGUAUCUACUGGACUGGAUCAUCCUGACCCUCUCUGUCCUGGGCAUCGCGUACUCGCAAGCUGUCACCAUGCUCAGCAUCUUCUUUGCCAGCGAGGUCCUUCCCACCGUGGUCAGGGGCGCUGGGCUGGGCCUCAUCAUGGCUGCCAGCUUCGUGGGCAAAGCGGCCGGGCCCAUCAUGGACAUCCAGAACAACCGGGGCUUCUUCCUGCACCACGUGGUCUUUGCCUCCUUCGCCAUCCUCUCCGUGCUCAGCAUCAUGCUGCUGCCCGAGAGCAAGGGCAAGGGCCUGCCCGAGUCGCUGCAGGACGGGGAGAGUCAGCGCCGGCCCCCGCUCUUCCGCUCCUCCCGCCGCAGGGACCAGCUGCCUCUGCUCUCGCCCCGCAGCGCCGGCCACGCCCCCGAGGCCCAGGACUACGCCCGCCUCGUCACUGCCACCAAGAAGAUGCUGAGCUCCCACCGGCGUGCCCCCCUGCGGGACAGGCAGCUGCUGCUGGAGCCCGCCCCGGGGGGUGACCCCCAGCAGGAGACGUAGCUGGGCGGGGCUGUCUGUGGGGACUGUGCCCUGCGGGUGGGGGGACAGCACCCAGUGUUAACUGCCCUGGGGCCGCAGGCGUCUCCUGCGCCCAGCGGACUGUCGUUUGUGUGCGGUACCUCCUGGGGCCCAUCGCACGACCGUCUCCGGGCAGCAGCUUCCUUCUGUUAAGUGCCAUGCGCAGCCUCCUACCCGCUGGGCUGCUGCCUCUGCCUUGCCUGGGCCUGCCUCCCUGGGGUGCUUGGAGGCUCCCACACCCCCUGCUGCGUACCAGCCCUGCAGGGAGCGGGGCCUGGAAGAGAGUGUCCCCCACCCCCCUGAGGAGCCUGGCUGGGAAUGGGGGGCUCCUGGCUCAGGGAACGCCAGUCCCUGUGCCUCCUGGCCAGGUGAGCAGCUCACCAAUAAAAUGUGCCUUAUUUCUA